UUCUUUUUUCGUCAUGUACCGACUCACAUGUAUUUGAGAACGAAAAACGCUAUUCAGAUUUGAGAGGACCUCAAGAAAUAUGGUGGUUAGAGAACGAUUGUAGAUAGGAGUGUUCUUUUGUUCUACUGAUUUUUAGUGGAUACAAAUGUGGAAGUGAUCUUUGUUUAAAAUUCACGAGAUCUAUUUGAAAUGUCUUCAAUGCAUUUCGUAGUUCAUCCAUUGCCUGGAACAGAAGAUCAAUUGAUAGAUAGGCUUAGAGAAGUCGCAGAGCGUUGGAAUAGAUAUGGAACUGGAGCGGCACCUUCUGCUCUAACGUCAUUAAGAGGCGUGAGAGCAGUGGCUGCAGGACCAGCUCAUAUAGCUUGCUUGCUUGAAGAUGGUAGCAUAUGCCGCGCUGCAUUCUCCAUUAUUCCCGACAGAUUGGACUUGAGUAAAGCAGAUGCCAGCAAGAAUGGAGGGAACGGCGGUGGAGGCAGUGGUGGCGGUGGCACAAGUGGUGGCAAGCAAGGGGGUAGUGGCAGCGGAUGUGGAUCUAGACAGCAACCUCGCACAAGAGCAAGGAUUAUGAGAAAUUCUAUUCGUGCUGCACCUAGUUCACAAGGAUCAACAAGCAGGGCUACUGGUGUGAUUAUCGGGGCAUCGGGCUCUAGUAGAGUAGUAUCGGCAGUACCAGCGCCAUUUGUGCCCGAAGAUUUAGUGACCCAAGCCCAGGUCGUACUUCAAGGAAAAAGCAGAAGCCUUAUAAUAAGGGAGUUGCAGCGUACGAAUCUCGAUGUAAAUCAAGCCGUAAACAACUUACUGUCUCGAGAUGACGAGGAGGGCGAGGAACCGGAGGGUGGCGAGGGCGGCGACGGCUAUGUUCCUGAAGAUCUCAUUUCUCUCCUGGAUGGCGGUUUUCACGCUACUCAGCAAGACCAAUCAGUGAUUAUAGACGCCGACGCCAUGUUUUCGGAGGAUAUCUUCGGGUACGCGGCUGUCAGAAGUCGCAGUGGGGGCGGAGGUGGCAGUGGCGGUGUACGUGCCGGAGCCAGUCGCGAAAGCAGCAGCUCCACACAAGACCGGCCCUCGGAGUUCAGUCGCUGGCGAGAAAGACAGUACUUCGGUCCCCGCCGGUGGUUGGAAUCUGCACUUCGUGAUACAUCCUGGGAUAAGGAAGGAGUAGAAAACAAGAAGAAGGACUCAGCCAUGGCAGCGUCCCCCCUUUGGGUAUCUGAAGAGCUUGAAUACUGGGACAGUAACAUACGCUUCACUCACAUUGCGGCGACUUAUAGUGAACUGAUCGCUAUUUCUACUCAGGGACAACUGCAUCAGUGGCGUUGGUCCGAUGCGCACCCAUAUCAGCGCAAUGACCCAUCGGGUAGUAUUUUCCAUCCACGAGGCAACUGGCUUGGAUUGACACUAGGAGAAAAGGUCAUAAAUAUGAGUGCAGCUGGUAUUCGUGUGUCGGUGCUCACUGAUGCUGGGCGAAUAGCUACAUUUUUGGAUGAAUCUAUAGCUCAUGCACCCGGUGCUGCUAGGUUAGAACAUCCUCUGCAGACAUUUACUGAGUUCGGCUCUGAUAAACCUGUGUCUCUGCAUGUUUGCUCACUAUACACUGUUGCGAGGUUAGAAUCUGGAGCGCUUUAUUGGUGGGGUGUAUUGCCACUUGGUCAACGGGCUCGCCUUUGGGAAAAGCACCGCGCGCGAUCUCGCAAACAACAGCGUGGUCAUUCUUCUAACACGCCUCAAGAUUUGCAAGCUGGCCAGAGUGUAACUAUGAAGAAUGCUCCUAUGUACCAACCAGGAGCUAUAGGUUUCAACAUGUCAACUGGGGUGCCAAAGGUGGGAAUAUUGCAGAACGCUGCGUGGAAUCUUUCUGAUACAUGUCGUUUCAAACUUUUACCACCACCGCAGCCAGAUCGAUCUAUCUCAGACAAAGACAAAAGAGAUUUACAAAAUCAGUCACCACUAACAGUCUCAUCAGUGAAAGCAUCAUCUUCAAGUAGUAGUAACAAAGAUGGUGGCAAGGACAGUAAUAAGGAUAUGGCUGACAGGCUAGACAUGCCACCACCACCUAGCCCUGCUUCCUCGACCUGCAGUGAUACAAGCACAUCUCAUAAACGAGCUAAAAGAAUGACAGUCCGCGGCGAAGAAGGUUCGUCCAAUGAUGGUUCCAAACGUGAUGAAGAAGAGUGGCCAUUAAAAGAAGUUGUUUUUCUGGAAGAUGUUAAAAGCGUGCCAUUGGGACGUGUUUUAAAAGUUGAUGGAGCAUAUGCUGCCGUUCGUUUUCCCUCUGUCGGGAAAGAUGGCAAGGAAAUAGUGCCUACCACACCUGAUGAUUGGACUGUAUUAUUGCAAGAUUGUCGUCUAGUGCGCAAAGAUGACUUAGUAGCAGUAAAAUGGGGUGCCGGUGGUUCAGCUGGACCACGUGGGCCAGACUGUUUGCAACGAUCGCCAAGAAAAAUUGCUUUACCUCCAGAUCUAAAUGUUAUUACCAUUGCUGUGGAUAAUCGUGGAGUACACGCUGUCGUGCGGCGCCCAGGAGGCGCCCUAGCGUAUGCGGUGUACGCGGUGGGCACGACCCGAGCGCUCACCGACAGCACGUUCCCCACUGACCACAGCGCUCUCCUUGGGAAUUCUAAUGGACAAACUAUUCAACUUGCUACUGCUGCAGAGGGUAGCGAGCCUGUAGUAAUGAUGUUAGACGGAAACGGCGCCCUGUACCCGGUGGCGCGCGACUGCGUGGGCGCAGUGCGCGAGCCCCCGCCGCUCAACUUGCCGCCGGCGCGCGCGCUCACCGCGCAUGCGCUCCCGCUGCAGCCGCACCACCCGCACCAUCCACACCACCCUGCACUGAAAUCACAAGUGGCUCUUAUUAUUAUGGUCCCUGAACCUCAACUAAUGAUGCCUCGCGUUUUGCGGUGCGAUUUAGACGGUGUGCGUCAACUCUUACACCAAUUGGAGUCAGAUUCCAACAAACAACAAGUUCUUUCAAUAUUACAAGAGCGGUGUGAUGGUAAUAGGAACAUUUUACAUGUGUGUGUGCACAUGUGCGCGCCAACCUCCAAUAAGGAACCUGAUAUUGUCGAAAAUGCUUCAAUGCCUAAUAUACCGACUGGUACAAGUGGUAGCGGGGCAAGUGCUGAAGAAGCAGUGCCAGCUCUCUCCUGGCCUCCAGAAACAUUUGAAGCGUCUGGAGAUGAAGAUAGUCUGAUGGGACUAACCAAUAACGGAAAAAUGACAAGUGGCAGCAAUAACGGAGGCAGUGCAGUCAGUGCCGACCCAGCAGAGCGUCGAGGAAACGCACUAGCAGCUCUCCGUGCUUUAUGCGAGAGCCCGGCGCUACAACCCUACUUGAUGCAACUGCUUACUGCCAAGGAUGGCAUGGGACAGACUCCUCUGAUGGCAGCGGUAGCGGAACGCGCCUACCGGGCAGCACUCGUGCUCUUGGACUCAAUCCGUGCGUGCCCAGAUGCAGACGAGGCACAGCGCUCGGCGGCUAUCUUCCCGCCCAAUGCGCAUCCAGAUCAUUCACCUCUACUCGUGCUUUGCUGUAAUGAUACUUGCAGCUUCACGUGGACUGGACAGGAUCAUAUAAAUCAGGAUAUAUUUGAGUGUAAAACUUGCGGACUUACUGGAUCUUUAUGCUGUUGCACUGAAUGUGCAAAAGUGUGCCAUAAAGGACACGAUUGUAAAUUGAAACGCACAUCACCUACAGCAUAUUGUGAUUGUUGGGAAAAAUGCCGCUGCAAAGCCUUGGUCGGUGGUAACUGGGCUGCACGGUGUGACCUGCUUGCAAGACUCGCUAGAGAUACGCAACUUGCGACACACUUUAAUUCGAGGGGCGAGUCGAUCCUGCUCUUCCUAGUGCAGACAGUGGGGCGGCAGGCGGUGGAGCAGCGCCAGUUCCGCGCCGGCGGCGGGCGGGGCCGAGGCCCGCGCAAGCAGCCCGGCUCCGACGCGGAGGUCGACGUGCCCGACCACGACUUGGAGCCGCCGAGGUUUGCGCGGCGCGCCCUCGUGCACCUAUUGGGUGACUGGCCGGCAGUAGAAGCAGCAAUUAUGUGUGGCUCAAAUGGAUACAAUGACAGUGACAGCCGGGCUAGCAGCCCUGGUCCUAAUCAAUCUGGAACUACACUGUUAGAUAAAUUUACACAUGCACUGAUUGUGAAAUGUACUAAUGAGAUGCUAGAUACACUACUGCAUACUCUGAUCAGAGAGCAACAGAAUGAUACAAUACCGGGUCGCGCCGAGCGUGCUCGUGAAGUUACACGACGAUUCGUUCGUUCCGUUGCUAGGAUUUUCGUUAUUUUCAGCGUGGAGAUGGCUCCAGGCGCAGCUAAGAAAAAGGGGCCUCUGUCGAUCACAUCGUCGUUGGUCCGUUGCCGCCGAGUAUUUGCGGCACUAGUUGCCCUCGCAGUAGAAGAAUUAGUGGAGGCAGCAGAUGCGUUACUCGCUCCAGUGCGUUUGGGUGUAGUACGCCCAACUGCGCCUUUUCCUCUUGCAACUACCUAUGUGGAUUUAGUUAAUGGAAGCGAAGAUUUGUUUGGAGUGGAACCUUUAUCAACAGGACAUUCACGACAUCCACAUACGCGCAGAGAAUCGAACGUCGCUGGAGGCCGUGGGGCUGCGACUGGGGGCACGUCAAUGGGCAGUUCCACUCUCGUGCCCGAUCGAUCAUCAACACCAGUAGCAGUUGAGUAUCCUGAAGAUGUUGCCGGAGAAUCACUCGGUGCAGAUGAUGACGCAUCAGAAACUGAUGAACCUAAUAUUUCUGCACCUGCAGCGCCGGCUGAAUCUCAGCACCAUGAUGAUCCAAUGGGUGAUAGGUGAAUUUUUUUUUUAAAUCACAAAAUAACUUCUCACAGAGGACAAGAACAACAUGUAGUUGUAGAAAACGGCACUGAGCGAGUUGAAGGUGGUGAAAGUGAGAGUGAGCUAGACCUUUUGGCUGAAGUUGAGACCGAAAGUGACUCAGAUGAUCAGGACAAUGCUGAAUCUGCUCAACGUAGUGUGCAGACCGGAGCUACGCAGGGAUCCGAUGCUGGCAUAGCUUCAAUGCUGCUGUAUCCAGAAGACGAGAGCGGAGACUCGACGCAGCCUGAGGACGAAGAUUCUGAAGCUGGUGAAACUGAUGAACAAGAUGCUGAAGCUGAGUUACCUCUGCACGAAGGAGAACCUCUAGAACGAAGGUCUGCACCACCGUCGAGACCAAAUCUUGCACCGCAUUCAAUGCAAUGGGCUAUUCGUUCCCGCGAGACUACACGAGGAACGACGAGCGGCACGGGUGGAGUAAGGCUCACUGGCAGCUCGUCGCUCGUGUUCAUUGACCCGUCGUCUCUGCGCCGCUCCACCGCCGCUGCGGCUGCCGGCGCUCAGGACCCGCAUUCCACAUCCACUACGGCGUCGUUCCUGGCUAGAGCAUUUGGAAUCGUGGUACGCCAAAUUGCUGACUUACUUUGGGAAUAUGAACGUAUCACGCUACCGUUGCCGCGCAUGUUGCCUUUGGCAUACCGCGAGGCGUUGCGCUUGCAAUGCUAUCUCGAAAGACAACUCAAACAAACAUGGGAUUGGUUGGUAACAGUCAUGGACGCAACUGAAGCACAACUUAGAUUUGGUGCAUCACUCACUUCUAAUAAUGCCAGCUCUUCUACUGGUGAAAGUCGUUCUUCAGCACCAGCCACUAGACGAACUACGUCAUUUACAUCUCCAGCGACAAGGAUAAUUGGUUUUUCUGAGGCUCCUCGUGCAAGAGAUAGGGAACAAGGGGUGGAGGCUGGAAGCGCUCGAAGAGAAUUCUUAGCGUACUGUUUGUCGCUCCUGAGAGCGCACAGUGCGGAACACGCGGAGCAACUGCCCGUGCUCGACGUGGCGGCUCUCAAACACGUGGCGUACGUCUUGGACGCGCUCGUGUACUACAUGCGAGCGGCCCAGCCGCAGCCGCACCACCACCAGCACCUCUGGACCGCGGAUGAAAAUGAAAAUGAAGAGGGCGAAGAGGAAAUGGUAGUGGGGGGUGGUGCCGCAGCGGAAUCAGACAACGAAACGGACGGCGCUAGAGGUCGAACACACGCUUUCUUCCAGCGCUCGGACUCUACUCUGUGUCUUGGCUGUCCACCACCUGAUCCAUUUAAUAUGACAAUGCAAGAUGCCUUACCUUUGGCCGAUCAGCCUCAGCUAUUGCAGCCCAACGCCCGCCGAGAGGAAUUGUUUGGCAUGCCGCGGCAGCCGGUCACGGUACCCACCUCCGGAGACGGGCCGCCCGGCACUAACAAUCCACUAGAAGUGGUACCUCGUCGAUUAGGACUGUCAAGCCGUGGUACAGAGCGCGGCUGGUCGCCACCGGCGCGCCCGGCGUCUGCUCCGCCUUCUCACAACCAUGCUGUAACUCGAGAUGAACCACAGGACUUGUCUUGCGCUAAAGAUACCGUGACGAAAAUGGAUAUUGACACUGACGGUGAAUAUUUAUCUGAUUCUGACUCUAAUGAAGCGAGACAAAUACCAAGAAAGAAGCAUCAUAGGCAUCCUCAUGCGGCAAUGAAUAGCAACAUUCGCCAAGAACCUAAUGCUUCCACAUCCGAAUUUCAUACAUUAGUUGAUACAGCUUGUUCAAUUAUGGAAACACCACACCAACAGACUGUGUCCCCUUCACCAGGCCCGAGCAACGCCAGCGCGCCGGCGCCGGAGCCGCGCGCGUCGUCGUCGCGAAGCCCGGGCAAGACCGUUAUUGUACGUGCUGGUGAAUUGUUAAGUGUAGCUGAUCCUCUUGAAUCCCAAGAAAUAUCUGCGCAUGUGACAGUUGAAACGACGGGUCUUCCGUCAACGUCGUUACUCCCUCCUCAAGUACUUACCGCUCCUGCACAGCCUCGCGCGUGUCCAUCUUUGGGAGCUUCAGUAUCCCAUGACUUGCUGCUAGGUCGGUGGAGACUCUCUCUCGAUUUGUUUGGACGCGUAUUUACUGAGGACGUGGGUCUCGAGCCAGGCUCUGUUGUUGCUGAGCUGGGAGGUUUCCCAGUCAAGGAAGUCAAGUUUAGAAGGGACAUGGAAAAACUCAGAAACUCACAACAACGUGAUUUGACUUUACACAAGAUGGAACGCGAUCGUGCGAAACUUCUACAACAAACGUUCACCGAAUUGAACAGUGCGUUUUCGGGACAAAACCGUCGAGCUCACAGCGCUCAGCCGCCCCUGGCCGUCAAUCGCGUGAAGGUCACCUUCCGAGACGAGCCAGGCGAGGGUAGUGGAGUCGCGCGCUCCUUUUAUACCAGUGUCGCUGAAGCUUUACUAGCAAAUGAAAAACUUCCUCCGUUAGAAUCUACUUCUGGUAGCAGUAGUAAUAAUACAACAACCAAUGGCACUUCAGGAUCAUCUGGAACGGCUGCUAGUGGUGCCAGUACCAAUAGCGGGCCUAGGAGUGGGGCUGGUAGGGCUCGCGCGAAGGACAACGCCAGGCGCGCGCCCGGCCGGCCGGCGCCUCGGCCGCCCUCAGCGCGAGAACCCCGGCGGGUUCUCAGUGUCGACGCGCGACCUUACAGCCCACAGGCUGCUCCUGGAACGGAAAGUGCAGGUUACAGUGGAGAUCGACCUGGAGGACAAAAUGAACAUCUUACACUGCACCAGGCACAGCUCGGAGAAAGACUUUAUCCCAAGGUGCAUUCCCUUCAUCCGACAUUCGCCGGUAAGAUCACGGGUAUGUUGUUAGAGCUGACGCCCGCUCAGCUACUCGUACUGCUAGCGAGCGAAGACGCAUUGCGGCAGAAAGUGCGGGAGGCGAUGGAUCUCAUUGUUAUGCACCCUUCGGAAGCAAUACUGGAUUUGGACGUGUUCUCACUAUCAGAAAGGGGUGCGGCGAGCGGGGGCAGCGGUAGUAGCGCAACAACAGUCAACGCGGCCGCGGACGACGCCGCGCCUCUUUUCUACUCGCCCGGCAAGCGCGGCUACUACUCGCCGCGGCAGGGCCGGUGCACGCCCGAGCGUAUCAACGCCUUUAGAAACGUUGGCAGAAUAAUUGGUCUAUGCCUAUUACAAAAUGAGCUUUGCCCAAUGUUCCUAAACCGACACGUACUGAAGUAUAUCCUAGGAAGACCCGUUCGCUUCCACGAUCUAGCCUUCUUCGAUCCCGUCGUGUAUGAGAGCCUGCGUCAACUCGUCGUGGAUGCGGAGACGGGCGAUGCUCAUUCACUCUUUGCUACACUUGAUCUCAACUUUAGUUUGGAAAUGUGUGAAGAAGAAGGUGGAGGUUGUGUUGAAUUAGUUCCUGGCGGUCGGGAUAUUGAAGUUACAGCGUUAAAUGUGUACGACUAUGUAAGAAAAUAUGCACAGCAUCGUAUGUUGCUCUCUCAAGAAAAAGCACUAGAGGCAAUACGAGUUGGUGUACUCGAUGUUUUGCCUGAAUCUGCUUUAGAAGGUUUAACAGCUGAGGAUUUGCGACUGUUAUUAAAUGGAGUAGGAGAUAUAAACGUAACUGCACUCGUAUCUUACACAAGCUUUAAUGACGAAAGCGGUGAACCACCGGAACGGUUAGCCCGCUUCAAACGGUGGUUGUGGGCGAUUGUAGACAAAAUGACACAUUUAGAAAGACAAGAUUUAGUAUAUUUUUGGACAGGAUCACCAGCGCUACCGGCGUCAGAGGAAGGCUUCCAGCCUAUGCCUUCGGUUACAAUACGGCCAGCAGACGACGCCCACCUACCUACCGCUAAUACAUGCAUCUCACGGCUCUACAUCCCGCUUUACUCCUCGCGACACGUGCUCAAGCAUAAACUGUUACUUGCUAUUAAAACUAAAAACUUCGGCUUUGUGUAAAUCUUAUUCGCAACGACGAUGUAUUUCGUUUAGUUAUAAGCUCAGUCACUUAAGACUGCCGUUGUAUUCUAUCUGUGUUAGUUUUACGAUACUGUAUGUUUGUAUUUAUAGAGCGCCAUAAAGUAAUUUAUGUCGGAGAGUUAGCACUGAUACAUACAUAAUUGUAUGAUUUAUACCUUUUGACGAAUAUGACUGAAAAUUUUGUGACUGGGGUUAUUUGACUGAAUAAUUAUAUUCCAAAUGCAGUUAGUGUCCAUUUUAAAAAGGCCCUAUUUUCAGCACAAGAAUAUAAUAUACAAUUACAUUUUAAACUGAUAGACCUCUAAAUAUAAAUAGGUAUAUCAAAUUGCAACUGAUAGUCAAUCCUAUUGUAAAUGAUUUCAGUCGUAUGAUACAUCUUACAACAGUAUGCUGUAUGCGUCUUUUACAACAGCAUGCUGUAAUUUAAAUGUGCAUAGUCAAACGAGGACAGGCAUAUAUUGAUGCAAAAUAGUAAUAAGAAAUCAAAACUUCUUUAUACAUAUUUUGGAAGUAACUAAAAUAUUGUUAACAGUUUUUUAUUUCUAAAAUUCUUUUUAUCCUGUUAUUGUUUCGAUUCAAUUUAAAAUUGCGUUUGAUUUCUUACCUUAUUUAUUGUAUCUUAUAAGGAUUGAUCUAUGAAUCACUUAAAAGUAUCCUCUUAACAAGCUUGUUAUAUAGAGAAAUAUAUAAGAUCGGAUAUUAGACAAUGGAUAUAAUAUAAAUAUGAUUUGUUUGGGACAACUGGUCAGAGGCGUUGGAUUCCAUUAAUAGUGGACUUUGUGAUAAAGGAGGAAGUAUUAUGCGCCUCUAUCUCUAAAAUUAAGAUUGCGAUUAGAUUUCCCUUUUAUUAGUUGUAUUAAAUAAGGUUCAUAAUAAAUACUUCUCAAAAUGCUUA